AAUAUCUACAAACACACAGAAAAUAUGGUGAAGGAUUAACUGUAUCAGUUACGCUAUACACAGAUAUAUAAGUAAGUGUGCGGACAUCUAAGGGAUUCGGACCAUACGAGYCAGUGUGCCAACUGUUGGAAUUACUCGACUACAGUACCAAGAAGAUGGCUAACCUGAAGUGUAUAAUAGUUUGGUUGGUUUUUCUAUUGGCGCAUUUGAACCUUGAACUCGUCCAGUGUUUUUCAUAUAAAAUAACAAGAUGCCCUCCGAGUCUUUCUUCCGAUUGUCCACCAAACCCGGUUAAUUCUUGCAGUAAUGAUCAGGAUUGUGAAGCACGUUAUCCCGGUAAAGGUUUGAAGUGCUGUAAGGGYUGCGGCAGCAGUUGUGUGUCUCCUAAAGUGUCCGUAGUAGAAGUAACCCCAGCAAAAAUGUAUGAAAAAUUGAAGAUCCUUACCAAACUGGUUUUAAAGUGCCCCACCAGCCCUCCCUCGUGGCAGAAUCCUUCGGGACCAGACCAAGAAUGCCAAGACGAUGCCAGUUGUGAUAAAAAAUUCCCUGGACAAGGCCUGAAAUGCUGUAGUGAUGGGAACGAUUUUGGGUGUUUUCCUCCUGUUGUUGAGUCUGUUAAACUACCAUUGUAUUGCCCCAUUUUCCCCCCUACGCAAGGAUGGAAAAUUGAUGAUGGAUGUGAUGGUAAAUACUAUGAAAAUGAAUGCUUCAUCGAUGUACACUGCAAAGAAAAGUAUCCUGYGUUGAAGUCAUUUGUUAAGUGUUGCCUUGUUAACUGCAUUAAUAAAAAGUGCACGAUUCGGCAAGUUSAAGGGGAGAAGCCCACUGGUAAAUAUUUAGACAAAAAACGUCUAUACAAAGUAUUUGGUACUUGCCCAAUCAUGCCUACAACUGCUGAAUGUCCACCAAAACCACAUGAUGAAUGCAUAGACGACUCGGAUUGCAAACAUUUGGGCUAUAGUUUAAAAUGCUGCAAGGAUGGAUGUAGUUUCAGAUGCGUUCCACCUGUAACACCUACAGUCAAUGGUACCUGUCCAAUCUUCCCUCUUGCUGAUGAAUGUCCACCAAAACCAGAUGAUGAAUGUAAAAACGACUUGGAAUGCACUAUUUCGCACCAUGGAUUACCGCUAAAAUGCUGUAAGGAUGGAUGUGAUUUCAAUUGUGUUCCACCUGUAACACCUACAGUGSAAAGGGAAAACUAGUUAAAAGGGAAAAUACUAGAGAAAUACAUUCUUGAAAUAAGAAAUUGUUUGCUCGACYUUCUUUUAAUAGUAAAUUUUUAACAGUUAAACUUCCCUUAUGUUUAUGGUUUGUGAAUAGACAAAUCAAUUGUGCAAAUGCUAAGCUCUUGCUUAGAUCUGUUUUAGUUAAUUCUUUAACAUAUUUUAAUUGUAAAAUGAUCUUUAUUAGUUUAACUAGCGAGCUCUAUCGACGGUUUCGCUAGGGAGAGUCUUGCGMGUAAGUGCUUUGACUUAUCCCKAAAGUCAACACCUGUCUCAAGCUUUUACGUCAUGCGUGGCCUAACUGGUUCAAUCUAGUUUGACCUAGCCCAAACCGGUUAUGUGACGUAGUACUUUAACUGAGCCCUUAAAUACGAGCUCACUCGAGCUCAGGGUUAGUGUAGUUGUUUUUGUUGUUAAGCCAGUGAGUUGUACAGAUCAGUUAGCAACCUCAAUAGAGCCAGUCCAGAGUUCAACAAUGUAACAAAGUCAAGCGAAUAAACUCUUAUCCAGAGAAA